AUUAAAAAGGUUAUGAAACUGACAACACAUUUUAUUUUUCAAGUUGACUCGAAAUUUAAAAAAGCAGAAUUGCACACUUACAGCAGUACGACAUAGAAAAAAAUUCUGCAAAUGACCAAAGAGGCACAGCUUUGGAAUUAACCACAAUUAGAGGUGACUUUGGCGAGGAUGAUAAGAGAUCUAUCCCAACGGCAGGUCCCAGUAGUGCAGCGAGCGAUCAGCAUCAGGUGACAUUGAAAAUCAGCAUCGAUCAGUCGAUUCAAUCGAUCGAGAACAAAUCGACCCAGACGGAAUUCAUAAUGCGACCCUACGAGAGCUACGAACAACUCAUUUGCUCGGACGGUGGAGGCUGCGAUGCUCGAGGGUGCGAGGCCACUUGCGCGAUGCCUCCGAUGAAGGGUUGCAAUUUCAUGAUGGUCGGUUGGGACAGCUUCCGCACAAAGAGCAUGAUCCUGCUGCUCGUACUCUUCGUCAUCUGGGCCGCUAUAUUUUUUCCUUUCGUUCUAUAAUGACUACAUUUUUUACCAUGUUCAAGCGUUUAACGAUUCAUUAAAAAUAUGUCCGUUGUGAAAAAAUGGCUUUGUCUCUCUGAAUACAGGCUAUUGAGAUAAAAAAUAUUAUUCCCCGCAUCUCGCACAGUUUCAAAAGCUCUCGAUCAUACCUACGGUAUCCUGUGCCAGCAUCGCGUUUUGCUUAGCGUAUUUUUUUUUCGACUUCCAAACCGGCUUUUAUAAACACAUUGUGUGUUUUUAUGAAAAAGAUGUAUGCGCAGGAAAAUAACAUUGAAGCAUGUAACACCUAGAAUGGACGAGACAAGAAUGGGAAAUUACGCCUCCACGGGAGGGGGGAAUACAUUACACAUGCCUAUAUACACGAGACGCAGACUUCGUUCCGACAGAGAUCUGUCUUGAUUUGAGCUGCUGAGGCUCCUUCCUUCAGUUAAUUUCUAGACAGCCGAUCGUGUGGAUCGCGCCAACGAAAUAUGAAAAUUUUCUGGACCUUCUUCGUUGUGCUUUUGGCGCUGUCGCUGGUUGUCGAUGUCGACGCCGGCUGGAAGUUCUGGAAAAAGAAGAAGGACAACGAGUCGUCCUCAGAAGAUCCAAAUGUCAUUUCGUCCACGACUACUACUACUACGUUAAAACCAAGCGCAGCUACCACUACUACAUUAAAACCAGCUGCAGCUACCACAAAGCGUCCAAAUGUGAAAGCUGGCGUAGCAGGAGCUGCCGAUCCAGGCCUGGCCGUCGGCGUCGGAAGUAGCGGUGAGAAUAUCCGCAAUCAGCCGCGUAAACCCAAUCCUGGAACAGACGUGGGACUCGACAUCGGCUUGCCGAAAGCACAGAAGCCCGGCGUCGGACCAGCCGGUGGUCAAGGCUACAGGGAUUGGGCCGCCGAUCUGACCGGAGCCGGCAAUAACGGACCAGCUCCGAAAUUGCCCAGCAAAGGGCCUGCACUGGCUCCCACUGGAACUAGUCAAGGAAACAAGCCUGCCUUAGCUUCCGCAACUUCAACCAGCACAGUGAAAUCAACCAGCCCAAGCCCGAGUCUAAAAGUAACAACGGCUCUGCCUUCGAGCGUGUCCACGCAAAAGCCACUGCCGGCUACAACAGCAAGCCCGGCCAAGGGCCCGCAACCAACUGCGUCGUGGGCCAACAUCGCUGCAGGUGGUAUUGGCAAGUCGACGCCUACUCCCUUGACGAAACCAACUGCUCGUCCCGGCACCGGAGCCGCUGUGGUGGCUGGCGGUGCAGCGAUCGCAGCUGGUGGAGCCGUUGCUGCUGCCUCCGGGGCUUUCUCCAGCAAUCCGACCUUCAGCAAAGGGAAGACCGUCACCGACGAAGAUCUCGAGAAACUCUCCGAGGCUCUCUUCAUCAAAGACACAAACAAUGCCAAUAAGUACAUCAAGUUGAACCUUCAGAAGAGUACCUCUGGCAGUAAUCCAAAGGAUGAAGCGCCAUUGCCAUUACUGGAGGUCAAGCCUGAAGCACUUCAAAUUCCAACUAUCCAAAAAGUUUUGGCCAUCUACGACAACUACAAGCUGGACGUGCGCGAACACGAGCACAUCAAUCCGGCCCAGCGUCAGGAGGAGAGUCUGCUGAUCGACACGUUCCUCAGCACGAACGUCAUGUCCUACGCUAUGCGCUUCUUGGCCGACAAAAACUUCAUUCUCAAGGAUUAUUACGCGUACAAGGACACCCUCAGGACCAUGUGGUUCAAUUUGUAUUCGCGCGGCGAGGGCAAGAUCGGCAGCACCGGAUUCGAGCACGUCUUCCUCUCGGAGCUGAAAUUAGGCAGCGAGGUCUUGGGCCUGCACAACUGGAUUUACUUCAAUGCCGAGGAGGUGAAAAAGCGCUUGGAUUAUCUGGGCUACAUCAAGAAGGUCGAUCUGGGUGACAAAGCCGCGAUCGCGAAGGUGCACUUGAAAUUCAACGGCGUCGACAAGCCCGUGACAAACAUCUUCAUCGGCACGUCGCCGGAACUCGAGAUGGCCCUGUACACGGUGUGCUUCCUCACGAGACCCGACACCAAGUGUCCCGUAUCGCUCGGAGGCACCAAGUUCAACAUCGUCACCCACAAGUUCAAGUAUCGCGGCAGAGACCUCAUCGGUUCGGCUUAUCCCGAAAUUUAAACGAAACAAAAUUAAUUGACAGCCUAUACAUACCGUUAUAGAGCGUACGCAGAUGUUUUUUUGCGCAACUUUUUAUUUCUUCGCGUGUGUAUGCGUGUGUGUGUACAUAUAUCAAUUUUUAAGUACAUCGAGCCAUAUACGGACAAGUUAUUAUUUAUAGCCAUGUAAUUCUUUGAAAUACCCUGUGAUCUAAUCGAGAUUAUAUUAUACGAUAAUAAAGAUGCUCCAUUAUUCAUGACAACAACAA